UUCCCUGUGGGCUCCCUUUCUUCUUUCCUCUCCAUCCUCCAGACAAGCUGACAAAGCUUUCAAUGCUCAGAUGGAGGUGGAUACAGACGAGAAACGGCAUCGCACGCGCUCCAAAGGUGUUCGAGUUCCUGUGGAACCAGCCAUACAAGAGCUGUUCAGCUGCCCUACUCCUGGCUGCGAUGGCAGUGGCCAUGUUAGUGGUAAAUAUGCAAGACAUAGAAGUGUUUACGGCUGUCCUUUAGCCAAGAAAAGGAAAACCCAAGAUAACAAACCUUUGGAACCCUCACCGAAAAGAAAACCCUACUCUUCAAAAACAGACAACUCCUCGGUGGAUGAGUGCUAUGAAACGGAUGGGACAGAGGAAAUGGAUGAGAAGGAGGAGGAAGAAGAGUAUUCUGAUGAUAACGAAGACCAAGAGGACGAGGAAGAUGAAAUAGACCGAGAUGAUGAUGAUGAAAUCGAGGAGGAUGAAGAGGAAGAUGAAGAAGGAGAGGAAAUAGAAGAAGAUGAUGAAGAAGAUGACGAUGAAGAUGAUGACUAUGACGAUCAAGGUAAUAACAAUCACUCAAUGGAUUGUCACAGCUCUCGAACAAUGCACGACACAGAGAAGGAUGAUAACAAUAACGAUGAAUACGAUAAUUAUGAUGAACUGGUAGCCAAGUCGUUGUUGAAUCUUGGCAAAAUAGCGGAGGAUGCAGCAUACAGAGCCAGGACAGAAUCCGAAAUGAACAGCAAUACAUCCAAUAGCUUGGAGGACGACAGUGACAAGAAUGAGAACGUGGGACGAAAGACGGAGCUUAGUUUAGACUUGGACAGUGAUGUUGUUAGGGAAACUGUGGAUUCCCUCAAACUGCUGGCACAAGGACACGGUGUAGUGCUUUCUGAUAACCUCAAUGAUAGGAAUUAUAUUGACAUCACAUCCCAGGAAGACUCCAGGAAUAUGAACUAUUUGAUGUUAGGAAGGCCUACGAAUAAUGGACAUGCAGAGAAAAUGGUGGAGGAGAGUGAUGAGGAGGUGUGUCUGAGCAGUUUAGAAUGCUUACGGAACCAAUGUUUCGACCUUGCACGGAAACUUAGUGAAACUAAUUCCCAUGAUAGAAAUCAACAGCAAGCUAUGGGCAUGAGAAUGCCCAGAGCAGAGGAAGACUAUUCCGACCGAUUACCGGACAGGAAUUACUCUGACAUGAUGAACUUGAUGAGACUUGAAGAACAGUUGAGUCCUAGAUCAAGAACUUUUUCUAGCUGUGCAAAAGACGAUGAGUACAAUGAAAGAGAUGAUGAAACUACCUCCAUCACCUCAGACAGGUCAGAAGAUGUCUUUGAUAUGACAAAGGGUAAUCUGACACUGCUAGAAAAAGCCAUAGCCCUGGAAAGUGAGAGAGCAAAGGCAAUGAGGGAGAAAAUGGCCAUGGAAGCUGGAAGGAGAGACAGCAUGAGACCUUGCGACGAUCCAACCAUGAGGCACCUCUCAGGGGAGGACAGAAGGCUAAAGUCCACUGAUGGCCAUGUCAAAAAGCCAUGUUAUACUAAAGAUCCUUCACGAUCAGAGAAGAAAGAAAGCAAAUGCCCUACCCCCGGCUGCGAUGGAACAGGUCAUGUGACUGGAUUAUAUCCUCACCACCGGAGUUUAUCAGGUUGCCCGCACAAAGACAGGGUACCUCCAGAAAUUCUCGCCAUGCAUGAAAAUGUUCUAAAGUGCCCUACACCAGGUUGCACCGGGAGAGGCCAUGUAAACAGUAACAGGAACUCUCACAGAAGUCUUUCGGGAUGUCCUAUUGCUGCAGCAGAGAAACUAGCAAAAGCUCAAAAGAAGCAGCAAANUUGCUCUUUAAAUGUAGCAAUUAUAUUGCAUUGUUUUUCUUUCAGGCCCAUGUGUUUUGUAAAACAAUUAGAAAUUCCUCAAUAUGGUUACAGGAACAAUGUAUCAACAACAACACCUCGCUCCAACUUGGCCAAGGAACUAGAGAAAUAUUCAAAGACAUCGUUUGAAUACAACAGUUACGACAACCAUGCAUAUGGGAAGAGGGCUAUUGCACCGAAGGUACAGUCCAGGGAUAUCUCACCAAAGGGAUACGAUGAUGCUAAACGUUACUGUAAGAACUCGAGCCCAACAAGCAGCACAACAAGCAGUUAUGCCCCCAGCAGCAGCAGUAGCAAUAUGAGCUGUGGUGGAGGCAGUAGCGCCAGCAGUACGUGUAGCAAAAGCAGCUUUGAUUAUUCCCAUGACAUGGAGGCUGCACAUAUGGCUGCAACCGCAAUUCUGAAUCUAUCGACCCGCUGCAGGGAGAUGCCACAGAACCUCUCUAACAAACCUCAAGAUCUCUGCAACAGGAAUCCUGACAUUGAUGUGGAUGAAAAUGGAACACUGGACCUUAGCCUGAACAAACAAAGACGAGAUGGUUGCUGCUCCAUUCUAACUCCACUGGAAUCCAUGUCGCCACAGCGGCAGGCAAUGCUGAAUAGCCAGUGUUACCAAAUGAAUGACAGUGACUGCUGGGACUUACCAGUAGACUACACUAAAAUGAAACCCAGGCGGAUAGAUGAAGAUGAUUCCAAAGACAUUAAUCAUGAUGAUUUGGAUCCAUUCCAUGAAGCUAUGGACGAUAGAAGGUACCCUGGUGAAGUCACAAUUCCAAGCCCUAAACCCAAAUAUCCUCAGUGUAAAGAGAGCAAGAAGGACUUAAUAACAUUGUCUGGUUGCCCAUUGGCUGAUAAAAGUAUUCGUAGCAUGAUGGCCACCAGUUCACAAGAGCUCAAGUGUCCAACUCCUGGGUGUGAUGGCUCUGGGCAUAUAACAGGAAACUAUGCUUCACAUAGAAGCCUUUCAGGUUGCCCAAGAGCAAAGAAAAGUGGAAUUAAGAUAGCACAAAGCAAAGAAGACAAAGAAGACCAAGAGCCAAUCAGAUGCCCAGUCCCUGGCUGUGAUGGUCAAGGUCACGUGACGGGGAAGUAUGCAUCACAUCGCAGUGCAUCUGGAUGUCCACUGGCGGCCAAGAGGCAGAAAGAUGGCUACUUGAAUGGUUCACAGUUCUCAUGGAAAUCUGGAAAAACUGAAGGAAUGUCUUGUCCCACUCCUGGAUGUGAUGGUUCUGGACACAUUAGUGGGAGUUUUCUUACACAUCGGAGUUUAUCAGGCUGUCCAAGAGCCACAUCAGCAAUGAAGAAGGCCAGAUUAUCAGGAGAAGAAAUGAUGACUAUAAAGCAGAGAGCAACCAAUGGUAUAGAAAAUGAUGAGGAGAUCAAACAAUUGGAUGAAGAAAUAAAAGAACUAAAUGAAUCUAACUCCCAAAUGGAAUCUGAUAUGAUUAAGCUGAGAACUCAGAUUACAACAAUGGAGAGUAACCUGAAGACAAUAGAAGAAGAGAAUAAAGUCAUUGAACAGCAAAACGAGUCUCUUCUUCAUGAACUGGCCAAUCUUAGUCAGUCUCUAAUUCACAGUCUAGCUAAUAUCCAGCUGCCCCAUAUGGAUCCCAUCAAUGAACAGAACUUUGAUGCCUACGUGAGCACGUUGACGGACAUGUACACAAAUCAAGACCGCUAUCAGAGCCCGGAAAAUAAGGCACUCUUGGAAAACAUAAAGCAAGCCGUAAGAGGGAUCCAAGUCUAAGCAGCUGCUCUUUUGGUGAACUCGAACAAAACAAACAAAAAUAUCUAUAAAAUAAGGAUGCCUCUUUCCCUAGCUACCAGAAAAGUGUUAUAUAUUUAUUCAUUUUGAAACAGUGUUAUGCUUACAAGACUUCAUGAUGAUUUUAUGUCUUGCUUUAAAAAGAAAAAAAAACUAAACAAAAACAAAUAGCAACUGCUGAAUAGAUUUUGAAUACAUUCACAUUUUGUACGUUUUCAUAUAAGCUAACAUUGUGUGAUAUGCCAUGUAAUGUUUAUAGCUGCUAACGUAUGCACAUUUUUAAGGUAAAUAUAUUUCUCAAAAAGGAAGCUGAUGAAGAAAAAUCAGAGUGUAGAUUUUUUUAUGCGUUGGUGAAUCAGUGUUUUAGUAUAUCAAAGUGGAUAAGACAAAAUCCGUCGGGAAAUGUCUUGCCAAUCGGCAGCCACCCGUCCAGACAUUUUCUCUAGGCCUCCAGUAGCAGGAAUAUUUUUGAGGACGGAAAAAUCCAUCAUGGUGCGCAUAUUGUUUCACAGCAAGAAGCGAUGUGGAAUUGACUUUUUAUAAUGACCUCAAGUGGAGGUCGGGUUUCCGUUUAUUUCAAGGCUGCCCAAAAAUCCUUGAAUAUUAUCUUUUUUUUUUUCAAACUCUGUGGAAAGGACAUUGGAGAGAUGCAAAAGAAACAAAAAUAUUUUCUUGCUGUAAGACAAAAUCAAGCUAUGAAAACCUGCGGGGAAAAAAAUCAAAGCAGCUUAAAAGCACUUUUCAUUCAUAAAUAAGCAUCAACUGAUCUCAAUACGGGAACAUCCAUUGCUGAACUGUAUCAGAAGUGGACAAUGAGAUAAUUCCUACUGAUCUUUUUCAAACAGACUUUGGAGAAAUAGCCACUACUCACUCUUUCACUCCAGGAUUGUUUCAUUUCCCUUUGAACUGCCUGUUAAGUAUAACUAUACUAGUACUGGAUUCCUGCAUUUUUGAAAGACACUAUUUUUAAUACAUUUUUUUGUUGCUUUUUUUCAUUGUCCUUUUGUUUCAUUGGGGGUUUUACAAUUAAUGCAAAAAAAAAAAAGAAAAUCAGUUUUCUGGUCCCUGGAUAAAAUCCAACGAUAGAUUUAGAAGAAAAAGUACACCAUCUACCUUCGAACAUUUAUCUAAUUUUCAAUCAUUUUCCACUUUUUUUUAUUUUAUUUUUGUCUGUUGUUGAAAAAAAAAUACAUUAAAAAAAGGGAUUGUUGCUCGACUGUCCAUUAAAAAAAAAUAAAAUGUGACUUAUGUUAUAUUACCAAACUUCAGACAGCACUUAUCUGUUUUAAAUUGUAAUUGUUACAAUGCAGAUUUUUUUAAACAUUAUUUAUUUUCUUCUAAACAACUGCACUAACUGUAUGCAUAAGACCACUUUUUAAGUCAUGUCAGAUAUGUGUUGUGUUUAUAAAGAUGUCAAGAGGAUCAUUAUUUUUUAUUUAAACGGCAUAUUGUUUUUCCUUCCAUGUGUUGUUAUGCAGAAAGUACAAUGUACUUAGAAUUUUGCUAUGAAAAAAAGAUGGCUUUUUUUAAAAAUAAAAAAAAAUAUUUUUAGCAAAAUAGGACUUACAGGGUCAUUGUCCCCACAAUGUGCCAGUUGAUGAUUUGCACUUACCUUGUCCUAUAUAUCCAUAAUAUACGGAGGUGUGCAAUUUUUUUUCUCUGUGUCUAUAGCCUUUGUGACACUAAAUCGGAACAAAAAAAUAAAUAAAUGAAAGAUACAAAAAAAAAAGAUAUACUGGAAGCCAUGAUGGCUGUUUCAAUAAUAUCGCUAAGGGAGGUUACAGGGAUCUCACAACAAAUAUUCUAAUACAAUACUCAACCUCGGUAUAUAUAUGUAUAAAUAUAUGUAUAUCCCAGCGGCACUUUAUACUCUUCACUGUACAAAAGCUUACAGUUUUCCAGGAGGACUUUAAUAACUAGCUGGGAAGAGCUUAUGUAGUUACUUUUGGGGGCUUUGCAGUACGUUCUCUGUAAAGGCCUGUCUUUCUGUUGUGCUAUUAGUUGUAGCGGUCAUGCUCAGAACUGCCUUUUCAAAUGCCGAAGAAAGGUGCUCGACCUUCUGCCAUAUCCAUGUCAUACCUUGCCUUGGAGUUCUUCUUUCAAGGUAGCCAUUGUUAAUACUGGCAUCUGCCUUUUAUCACUGCAUUGUGUCUGCAGCUUCUUUGCCAAUAUAGUAAUGCUUUCAGUAGAUAAAUAGAUAGUAUCAGUUGGGAUUAUUAUUGUUAUCACCUAUGUACAAUGGAAAGGGAUUUUAAGCACAAACCUGCUGCUCAUUUAAUGGUGGUACAUUAAACUGUAUCAAAUCAAAAA